GAAGGAGAAUUGUGCCCCAACCCAGUCUGGCUAGCAUGGAUAAGGAUAAAGCAAACCUUCUGGGUCAAAUCAAGGAGAAAGACCGCAAAAUUGAGCAAGAUCUGGAAACAAUAAAAGUAAUCGUUGCGGAGAGGCUGCCAUCAUUGAUGGAUUCGGUUCAGCUGCAUGAAGCUUCGGUGAAAAGUCUGCUGGAGCUGAUUGAAUAUCGUGACCUUGUUGUCAAGCAAUUCAUACUCGAGGCCGGCCAUUUUGUCCGUUCUCUAGAGAAAAACGCUAUAUUAGUCAGCCAGUUGCGAGCUGUUCAAUACCCCGUCGAAGGCUUCGGGACUGAGCACGACCAGCUUGAAGGUUUACUCAUCAGAAUCUCAUCUCGUUUGGAGAAAAGCGAACGUUCGCUAUCGCUCGAGCAAGAGAGUCUGGAACUAUCAGCAAACGCGUGUGAGGAAGUCUCCACAAAGUUAUCCGAAGUGAACAAAAAGAUAAGUGAACUUGAAGAUAAAAUCAAAAAUGAAGUUGAACUUGAAAUUUCGCUUGAUGAAGAGAUCCGAACACUUGAGCAGCAGGUUAAUUCGCUUGAUGGUAGACUCUCGCAGAUUCAGGUAGAAGUUGAUGACCAGCGGUCCGAGCGGGCAAAGCGUGCCGAAAAUAGUCACAAAGUCCUCGUCAAUGCUCAGUUAGAAUACGAGGCUGCAAGUAAAAAAAUCGAUGACGAAGAAUCUAGAUGUAAAGAACGAAUAAAUAACGCUAAAAAAAAACUUGAUGAAGUUCUUGAAGAGAUCGAGACGAUUUCUAAAAAGGUGGUGGAUUGCAAAGAGGAGGAACUGAAGAUAUCUAGAGAAAUAUCGGACAUUGAACAAAAUUCGCUUAGUGGACUAUGGCAAAGCAGAGAUGCUGCUAGGGAGCAGGUCGCUGAAAUGAUUUCUUCAGUCUCGGCACUGCGAGAUCAAGCAGAUUUCAUCGAGAUGUCGCAUUGCCGCUUAGAUCGGCUGAUCGGACGGUUCGUGCAGGCUUGUUACUCACGGGCUGAUUAUCUUAACAAAACCUUCAAUGAGAGCGCCGUAAUUACACUACAGAACGCAGCCGAAAAUACGAUUUGUUUACCUCGAUUUGACUGGUCUGCUGACGACUACGUGCUGCACGACCCGCGUGGCCUGUUUCUUCAGAAGCUCAACGACGUUCAACAAGCAUUAAAACUUUACGACAGAAAAGCCGUAGUGGUUAAACAUUCGACAGCCCAAACAGAUUUCCAGUUGGAAGAUGUGAGUGAUAUGGAAAGGAUUUGCAAGGGUAGACUGUGCGAAGCGAUUGCAACAGAGAUUUACGAAAUUACGAGAUCCCUUGAACAAACUCGAGCUCAGAAAUGCUGUCAUGAAGAACAGCCCAAUGGACCCGUUAGGGGUGCUAUCUUCGAGGUGGAUUUCAACAAGUUACCAGCCUUCAACCAUAAUAAUAGCAGUCCGAAUGCAAAGAAAUUUCCAAGACCUUCUCAGGAUUUCAGUGGCCCUUUUAUCCAACAUUCGGCUUUAAGCGAUCGCAUACUAGAGGUGUCUAGGGAAGAUGCCAUCGUCAUUUCUAGCGAAAGUGAGCACAACUAUAAACAGUAUUCGCUAGGGAAUCUUAUGUGCCCACCUGUUCUAGGGACUCGAUCUGCAACAAUCAGAUCAGUUAAACAAGAGCGAGAUUCUUCACAGCAGCAACAGUCGAAUAUAAGCCUCUACGAUAAGCAGGAGCCUAUCUCACUAUGUAAACAGGGAGACGAAUCUAAGUUACCUACGAAAACGGACAGCACGCCAACUAGCGCGUUGAAAAGGACGCUAAACAAGCUUCCAUGUAGUGUAACUUCCUCCAAGUCUCAAUCAUCUCAAUUAAAUGUGUCGAGUUUUGGUCAGAAACGUCAAAUGGCCAUGCAUUCGAUUCAGUCAUUUAUGAAAGAAGAUCAACAAUCAUCUGAUGAUAGUGGGUGGGUGCCCCCCUCAGAAAGACAACGGCCAGCCAGAAAGACAAAGAAGUCACAGAAGAGUGCUCUGACGAGUAACGCGUCCCAAGUCAGCCGCGUCGAGCCUGUGACAUCAACAAGCUCGGUAAAACAGGGCGCGCCUAAUAAACAAACAGAGACCGGUAGAGCGCCAAAACAGAGACGUCUUUACCAUCCCAUCCUAGAUUCAAAUCGGAGCCUUACUAGUGAUAUCCCGAUUCUUUCAAUUACUGAUUCCGACUGAAUUAACAUAUUUCCAUCAACAUAUUUUUGCUCAUAUAACAACAACAACAACAGAAGCGAUAAAAAACAAAAAAAAAAGCAGGAAAAACCUAUCUCGACAUUAUGUAUUUUAAUUCGGUGUUUAACAUAAAAUUUCCGACGAGCUAGAACUGUUUCGAAACAGGAACCGAAUAGGUAUAUUAGAAAACUUGGCUAGAGUAUGCUGUCUUGUUAACUGCUACCAAAAAUAUUGGCUCAAAGACGGUAUUCUUAGAUAUCUCUGAUUGCAAGUGUUAUAUGAUUCCUAAAAUAGGUACAGAUUGAUGAAACUGUUAUUUCAAACACUUUUACUAACUUUUCAUAUUGUCACUUUUAUACUGCGUACCCUUGUGGAACCAGUUAACGGCUUAGCGUUCUCCUUUUUCCCUGGCAUAUAACCCGUCUAUUGAAACGUGUGACAAUUCAACAUGAUUGUAGUAAUAAAAAAUGUCGUAUACAGCACAAGUUAUUGUAAUCAUAUUCAACUGGUGAUUAUAUAAACAACAUAAUAAAGUGGAAGUGGAAGAAAAAAGUAAAUUAGUCACGACGAAGUCAAGCAAAAACAAGACAUUUCAGACAUAUUCUAAUUACACACUUUCUAACAACCGAAUUAUAUUGAA